GCAUGGGAUAUAUUAUAGAAAGAAUAAACAACACUCACUCAUAUUCUAGCUACUUCAAUGGGUUUUGGAGCCUGUUUCCGGCGGCCGCCGCGGCAAGAUCACUACUACCUCCGCCACCACGACUCUCCUCCUCCCGCUCCGCCGCCGACCUUUCCUCCUCAUCCGGUACCCUCUUACGGUUUCGCUGACUGGAUCAAGCUCAAGUGCCUAGGACUAGGAGGAGGAAACAACAACAACAACAGAAAGCGGAAGGCGGCGGCCGACGGCGUCAGGAAGCUUAAGAAGAAGCAGGUUCACGCCAGCCGCCGUCACAGUGACGACAGUAUCACUCUGGAGCAGGUUCUGAGGCGGUCUCCGUCGAGGCAGCCACCACCCCACGCCGCCGCCGCCAGCAACAAAGUCUAUCCUAAUAGCAUUGAGUGUUUCUCUUUGGAGAUGCUGCUGGAUAUUGAUGAAGAAGAUCAGAGUGCUGACGUGGAUGGUCGUGAGCAUGACUAUUAUAAUCACGUUGCGAACACCGACGACGUUAGGGAAGGUGGCGCCGGCAGUAGUAGUGCGAGUGGUGGUUCCGAUGAGGGUGACGGGAGAAACAGCAGCAGCAGCAGGAAGAGAAGGGUGAGCUUUAGGCUGCCGGAGGAGGGUGACAUUUUCACCUACGAACCCUCCGACGAUGAUGAGGAAGACGACGACGACAAGGAUAAAAUCAUGAAUAUCGGAGUAUACUACUAUUGACUUUUCCGGACUUGACUUUUCUUUUCUUUGUGGUUUUCUCCGCUACUCUAUAAUUCCCGUCUUCAAGCGUCCAUGUAACUUUGUCUUCUUCUUUUUUUUUUUUGUGUUAUUCCUUCAAACAUUGUUACGGAGAAUUUUCAGCCGGAAUUGUGAUAGGGGGCGGCUUCGGCUAAGAAUAAGACCGAGAAUCACAGUUUAAUUAAUAAUGUCAUAAUGUGGGUAACACUAACAAGAUGUUCAAUAAACUUCGAAAUGGUAUUAGAAUGAAGUACUUCUAUUAUGCUAUAUAAUAUUGGUAUUUUAAUGUACAACUUAAAGUUGUAUCAUAACAUUAAAUGUAUAAGUUUAGA